GUUUCUAAGCGGAUUUCUGUUGUUUUCUCGGAAGCAGCAUGGCAGAAGCUGACCCCCCGGUGUCCCCUGCCGGGAACGUGGAGAUAGACCCGGACUUUGAGCCGCAGAGCCGGCCCAGAUCGUGCACAUGGCCCCUGCAGAGACUGGACUCCCAAGCCAGCCCGGCCAAGCCCGGUGUAGGCGGGGAGCCGGGGGACGCAGCCAUUGAGAGCUCCCCGGACAAGAGGCUCACCCUGUCCCAGAUCUAUGACUGGAUGGUCCGCUCCGUGCCCUACUUCAAGGACAAGGGGGACAGCAACAGCUCUGCGGGGUGGAAGAAUUCAAUUCGACAUAAUUUGUCCCUGCACAGCAGAUUUAUUCGAGUACAAAACGAGGGCACUGGAAAAAGCUCUUGGUGGAUGAUUAAUCCAGAAGGAGGGAAAGGUGGGAAGGCACCUAGAAGACGUGCCGUGUCAAUGGACAACAGCAACAAAUACACUAAGAGCCGUGGAAGAGCAGCAAAGAAAAAAGCAUCAAUGCAGGUGACCCAGGAUGCUGCAGAUGAUAGCCCAUCGCAACUCAAAUGGCCAGGAAGCCCAACAUCGCGUAGCAGUGAUGAGUUGGAUGCUUGGACAGAUUUCCGCUCCCGUACGAACUCGAACGCCAGCACGAUAAGUGGUCGUUUAUCUCCAAUUCCAGCAACAACUGAGCUUGAUGAUGUUCAGGAUGAUGAUUCACCUAUUUCCCCAAUGCUGUAUAGCCCUGGCAGUAUGUCUCCAUCCAUAACAAAACCAUCCACAGUGGAGUUGCCUGGGAUAACAGAUAUGACUGGAACCAUGAACUUAAAUGAUGGUCUAACAGAGAAUCUUAUUGAUGAUUUUCUGGAGGACAUUUCUCUUACGCCAUCUCAGCAGUCAUCUCCUAGUGUUGGUGGCAUGCAGAGAAGUUCCAGCUUUACCUAUGGCACUAAGGGCUCAAGCCUUGGCUCUCCAUCCAGUAGCUUCAACAACACUAGUAGCUUCAAUUUCCCAUUGACGUCUCUUCGUCAGUCUCCAAUGCAAACCAUUCAAGAGAACAAACAAGCAACAUUUUCUUCCAUGAACCAUUAUAGCAACCAGUCCAUUCAGGAUAUGCUGAAUACUGAUUCACUUAGCCAUAGUGGCGUAUUAAUGACUCAGUCUGACCCCCUCAUGUCCCAAGCCAGUACUGCAGUCACUGCUCAGAAUUCUCGUAGAAACAUUAUUCUGAGGAGUGACCCAAUGAUGUCGUUUGCAGCCCAGCCCAAUCAAGGGGGAAGCCUGGUUAAUCAGAACUUGCUCCACCACCAGCACCAGUCCCAUAACUCAUUUCUUGGUGGCAGUCGUGCCUUGUCAAACAGCAUAAAUAACAUUGGAUUAAAUGACAGCAACAACUUAGACUCGUCUAAACACCAGCAGCAGUCCUCAGUCACUCAUUCUAUGCAAGCCCUCUCAGACACACUCUCAGGACCCUUGUACUCCACAGGCAUGAACCUUCCAGUGCAUGAAAAGUUCCCAACUGAUUUGGACCUGGAAAUUUUCAGUGGGAGCUUGGAAUGUGACAUGGAGACUAUCAUUCGCAAUGAACUAAUGGAUGCAGAUGGGCUGGAUUUUAACUUUGAUUCUCUUAUCUCUGCUCAGAAUGUCAGUCUUGCAGUGGGAAAUUUCACAGGUGCUAAGCAGACAUCGUCACAGAGUUGGGUACCGGGUUGAAGAAGCGAUGAAAGCAUGAGUUUACCAGGUCCAGGAGCUGACAAAAGACCCUUUAAAUGAAACCCUUUGCCAAAACUGCUGUCAGCAAGUGGACAGUGAUACUGUUUACAGCUUAAGACCUUUUCAUGAAACCUGCAUCAAUUUCCUUGCGUUACCAAGACUGUUAGCCGAAAUCCUUUUAAGUCCUGUAAAGGUCCUUCCAGGAUGUUUUCUCCUCUCAUGCUCAAGUAUGCAAAACCUUCUGCAUGGAAUGGGAACAUGGAUGGAAGAGUACAAUAUAUUUCUUGUGAACACUGUGUAGUUAUGCAGCGACGCGUGUCAACCAUUUCAUAGCUGGUGUAGUUGCCUUGCAUCGCACCCCCCCCACCAGCUGUGAUCAACCAAACCAUCUCCAUGCUGUUUAUUUCUUUACUGGGUGUUGAAUUGCAUUUUUCUUUUUGUCUUUUCACCUUCAUUUUAAAACUCUUGUGUGUUCCAUUUCUUCAUUUUGCUUGCAGAAAUCCUCUGCUAGACCUCAUAUAAGCUAACAGUCGACCUAAUACAAAUUUCUACUGCCUGCUCCUUUGCGCCAAAAGGCACCACUUUCCAAGGAGAAACUCUAUCAUCACUUUAAUUUCCGUUAUAACCUACUUGUUUUUGAUUUGAAGAUGAGGAAAUUCAGGGA